AUGCCGCCAGUUCUUUCACUUUUAGAUCGGUAUCCUCAAUACAAAACUGAUUUCUAUGAAAGUGAAGAAAAAAUUUAUUGCAAAAAAAAAAAUGCCGAAUCUAGUGAAACUUUAAAUCAACAAGAUUUAAUUACACUUCAAACCCAAGUAACUGAUAAACAGGAAAUUAAUAUCGAUUUAAUUAAGGCUUUUACAAAGGCGGAUAUUCCUUUAGAAAAAGUUGAAAAAUUAAAACCGUUCUUACAAAAAUAUUGCACAAAUG